AUGACUUCUUCCUCCCGUCCCAACGACUUCGGCUCCGACCUCUGGGUCCGCGACUCCCACUCCCAAACCCGCCGCCCCACAUCCGGCCGUGGCCUCUUUGCCGGUCUGCAAGACGUGAAGCACUACAAUGUGGAAAACGGUUGGGCGAAGAGGAAUGUUAGGGACGAAAAUCGCGGGAUUCUGGGGUUUUUGGGGAGGUGGUACGUUUCCCCCAUUUCCCCUUGUUCUUGA